ACAUUAAUUUUGAUAAUGACAAUUGCACAUGCAGGAACCUAAAACUAAGAUGUAGGUUAUGGGGCAACAUAUAAGUUGUGAAUGUGAAUCAGAAUGCUCAGACACUAAUAUUUUUCAGAUCAUUAGUCCUUCAGUUGAGUAAUAGGCACAUUUGUAUAAUGUAUAAGAGGGUGUGGCACAUGCAUAUGACAGGUAAAUAAGGGAUUAGAGUGCAGGAGCCUGUGUCCACAUUGUUGAGUCUGAUUAAUCAUUUGUGCUCAAACCAUUGCUCGUCUGAUGUCACUUCAUGAAUCAGUGUUGCAGAUCUAUUCGUAUAUCAUUUUGUGCGCCCAAAUUUAUGCUUAUUUUUGUGCAACUUUGAUGAAUAAGGGCUAUUAUGUGCAUGUGAAUAAUGAUAGCUACUGAACUUGACUACUCAUGUUUCCCCUGUACCAGGAGCGUCUGGUGUUGUCAGUGUUGCCACGGUUCGUGGUUCUGGAGAUGAUUAAUGACAUGAGUAACGUGGAAGAUGAGAAUCUGCAGCAUCAAUUUCACCGCAUCUACAUUCACCGCUAUGAGAACGUCAGUAUACUUUUUGCUGAUGUGAAGGGUUUCACAAACCUGUCCACCACCCUCUCAGCUCAAGAGCUCGUCCGAAUGCUCAACGAGCUCUUUGCCCGCUUUGAUCGUCUCGCACAUGAACACCACUGUUUGAGGAUAAAGAUUCUUGGAGAUUGUUAUUACUGUGUCUCAGGCCUUCCUGAACCCAGACCAGAUCAUGCCCACUGCUGUGUAGAAAUGGGCCUCAGCAUGAUCAAAACUAUCAGGUAUGUGCGUUCAUGUACGAAGCAUGACAUCGACAUGCGUAUUGGUAUUCACUCUGGGUCAGUCUUAUGUGGGGUUCUGGGACUGAGGAAGUGGCAGUUUGAUGUCUGGUCCUGGGAUGUGGAUAUUGCCAAUAAACUUGAGUCCGGAGGCAUACCAGGGCGGAUCCACAUCUCUAAAGCAGCGCUGGAUUGUCUAAAUGGAGACUAUGAAGUUGAGGCAGGCCAUGGAAAGGACCGGAACGAUUUCUUGCGCCGACACAACAUUGAAACUUUCCUGAUCAAGCAGCCUGAGGAAAGCCUCCUCACACUGCCUGAGGACAUCAUGAAGGAGGCCACCAACCAAUCAGAUCACAGAGCGUCCACCACCACAUUUACUGAAGGCACAUGGAGUCCAGAACUACCGUUCCACAAUAUAGUGGGCAAGCAGAAUACGUUGGCUGCUCUCACUCGUCACUCCAUAAACCUGCUCCCCAACCAUCUGGCCCAGGCGCUGCAUGUGCGCGCCGACUCGCAGGAAAUUAACGCGCGCAUGCAGAGCACCGUCGCACUGCGCAGCGGAGACAAACUCCGACGACAACACAUCAUCCCUUUCUCUCUCACGUUUAGAGAAGCCGUCCUGGAGCACAAGUACUCCCAAAUGAGGGAUGAGGUGUUUAAAUCUAACCUGGUAUGUGCCUUUAUUGUGCUCCUCUUCAUCACAGCAAUCCAGAGCCUGCUGCCAUCUGCAAGGAUGCUGACCAUGGCGAUCCAGUUUUCUGUACUCAUCUUGCUGCACUGCUGUCUGGUUGUCGUGACGACGGCAGAAGAUUACAAGUGUCUGCCGUUAGUGUUGCGUAAGGCCUGCUGCUGGGUGAAUGAGACGUACACAGCACGAAACGUUAUCAUCCUCCUGUCCAUCCUCAUCAACUUCCUGGCAGCCAUUAUCAACAUUUUAUGGUGUAAUGUUGAUAAAUCAAUUUGGGAUGUAUUCAGGAACGGCACAUUCGAUGCUUCAGCUUCGAUUCCCGGCUGUCUUUACCCAGAGUAUUUUGUGUUUACGGGCGUGUUGGCCAUGGUGACAUGUGCAGUGUUCCUGCGCUUAAACUCCAUCCUGAAACUGGCCAUCCUGCUCCUAAUGAUCGCCAUCUACUCACUACUGACCGAAGCUUUCUAUCACUCACUGUUCACCCGGUAUGACACCAUCACCAACGAUGGCUUCACCAACCAGAGCGAAUGUUUCCUGGGAACCAAGAGAACAUCUUUACUGCUGAUGGCAAUGUUCCUUUUAGCUGUAUUUUAUCACGGACAACAGCUGGAAUACACCGCGAGGUUGGACUUCCUGUGGCGAGUACAGGCAAAGGAGGAGAUCAAUGAAAUGCGGGAGCUGCGUGAGCAUAAUGAGAAUAUGCUGCGCAACAUUCUGCCCAGUCAUGUUGCCCGCCACUUUCUGGAGAAGGACAGAGACAAUGAGGAGUUGUAUUCCCAUUCCUAUGAUGCUGUCGGGGUGAUGUUUGCCUCUAUUCCUGGCUUUGCUGAUUUCUAUUCUCAGACUGAAAUGAACAAUCAAGGAGUUGAAUGCUUACGGCUGUUAAAUGAGAUCAUUGCUGACUUUGAUGAGCUGUUGGGAGAGGAACGUUUUCAAGACAUUGAGAAGAUUAAAACUAUUGGCAGUACAUACAUGGCUGUGUCUGGCUUGUCACCUGAAAAACAGCAAUGUGAAGACAAAUGGGGUCACCUGUGUGCUCUGGCCGACUUUGCCAUUGCUCUAAAUGAGAGCAUACAAGAGAUCAACAAACACUCUUUUAACAAUUUCCAACUCCGUAUUGGAAUGGCCCAUGGCUCUGUGGUAGCAGGUGUGAUUGGUGCUAAAAAGCCUCAGUAUGAUAUCUGGGGGAAAACAGUGAACCUGGCUAGCCGUAUGGACAGCACAGGUGUGAGUGGAAAAAUCCAGGUCCCUGAGGAGACGUACAGCAUCCUGACAGAGCGCGGCUUUGCUUUUGAAUACCGUGGUGAGAUCUAUGUGAAGGGCAUCAGCGAGCAGGAGGGCAAAAUCCGAACGCACUUCCUUCUAGGCCGUGUGCAACCCAACCCACUCAUCCUGCAGCCACGCAAGCUUACAGGCCAAUACUCGCUCGCCGCUGUGGUGCUUGGCCUUGUCCAGUCACUCAACCGCCAAAAGCAGAAGCAGAUCCUCAACGAGAACAACAACUCAGGCAUCAUGAAGGGCCACUAUAACCGCAGGACCCUGUUGGCACCCACAGGGCCUGAUGCCAGCCAUGCUGAGAUGGCCACAGACAAGAAUGAACUGGCGUAAAGACUACCACUUUAUUUAUUUUUUAAUGAGUAAAAACUAUGGAAAAAAAAUACUGAUC